AUGCAGCCGCAGAGUUCCGUGUUCCGCCACCGUGCACGCAUGCACGAAUCUGCGGAAAGAGAAAACGCACGGGGCGGUGUUAUUAGCGAAGCAACAGAGGAGGAGAAUGACGAACUCAUGCGUGCACUUCUGAGUGAUGUGCGUACUGUGCGGCGUCAGUUCACAGCCAUGGGGGCGGAGGUGCGGCGGCAGAAUUCACUGUUAGAUAGAUUAGACUCUGUGUUCGCCCGCACACGAAUGCAGCUUGGCCGCACACUGCGGCAGUUGGAUGUGUCUGGUGUGACCAGUGUGAAGCAUAUGUGGGUGUUGUUUAUCUUUGUCCUUGUUGUGUUUAUGUUGAUAUACGUGAUGUUAAAGUUUCGUUAA